AUUUCAACUAUAAAAUCCCCUCAAUUCACCAACACAUUCCUUACCAAUACAAACAUCUUUCAUUCUUAACUAUCCCCUCAUUUCAACUAUAUCCCUUACCAAUACAACCUCACUCUCGUGCAUCCUCUAUAUCCUCAUUUUUCUUAUUUUUUUCUCUUCUAUUUUCUUUCUUUUCACCCUUAUUUUCUCUAACCUAAUCCUCUCCAUCCUCUAUUUUUAGCUUAAAAUUUUCUUUUUUGUCUUUUAUUUUUUUCUUCUAUUUUCUCUCUCUUGCAACCAUGGUUUCCGAGACGAACCAAUACCAAUCGAAGAAUGUGUGUGUAAUCGGAGCUGGACCAGCAGGCCUAGUAGCAGCAAGAGAGAUAAGAAAAGAAGGUCAUAAAGUAAUUGUGCUAGAACAAAAUCAUGACAUUGGAGGACAAUGGUUAUAUGAUGAUAAAAAUAUAGAAGGUGAAGAUCCUUUAGGUAGAAACCCUUUUCUAAAAGUUCAUAGCAGUAUCUAUAACUCUUUAAGAACACAAUCUCCAAGAGAAGUCAUGGGGUUCACAGAUUUUCCAUUUUCUACCAAGAAAGGUAGAGACAUGAGGAGGUUCCCUGGACAUGUUGAAAUACUUAUGUAUCUAAAAGAUUUUUGUGAAUGGUUUGGGUUAAGAGAGAUGAUAAGGUUCAAUACUAGGGUUAAUUAUGUUGGAAUGCUUGAUGAUUAUGGUGUUUGUGGAAAUAAUUUGAAGUGGAUUGUUAGAAGCAAAGAGAAGAAUUCUGAUAAGGUUGUGGAAGAGGUUUUUGAUGCAGUGGUUGUUGCCACUGGUCAUUACUGUCAACCAAAAUUGCCAUCCAUUAAAGGAAUGGAUACAUGGAAAAGAAAACAAAUGCAUAGUCACAUAUACAGGACUCCAGAACCAUUCCACAAUGAGGUUGUGGUGGUGGUUGGAAAUUCCUUUAGUGGACAAGAUAUAGCAAUAGAACUAGUGGGAGUAGCAAAGGAAGUUCAUAUAAGUUCAAGAUCUCUUGAUACUAUAACUGAGGGAUUUUCUAAAGUCAUAUCAAAACAUGAGACCUUACACCUUCAUCCACAGAUAGACACCCUUGAAGAGGAUGGAAGGGUAAUUUUCAUGGAUGGUUCUUGCAUUAAAGCAGACACUAUUUUGUACUGUACAGGGUACUCCUAUAGCUUCCCUUUUCUUGACACCAAAGGAAUGGUGGUUAUAGAAGAUGACAGAGUGGGGCCUUUGUAUGAGCACACUUUCCACCCUUUACUUUCUCCAUCUCUUACUUUUAUAGGCAUCCCUAAAAAGCUUUUAGGAUUCCCUUUCUUUGAGUCCCAAGCAAUGUGGAUAGCUCAAUUGCUUUCUGGGAAAAAAGUAUUGCCAUCAUGGGAGGAAAUGAUGAAAUCCAUCGAGGAGUUCUACCAUGAAAGAGAAGUAGCAGGCAUUCCUACUCAUGAUAUUGCAAAUUUUGAGUAUUGUGACAAAUAUAGUGAGAAUGUAGGACUCCCACCAUUACAAGAAUGGAGAAAAGUGCUUUGUGUUUCAGCCAUAAUUAACUCUUUUGUUAACUUGGAAACAUAUCGAGACUCAUGGGAUGAUGAUGAGGUGCUCCAAGAGGCCCUUCAAAGUCCUUACUUCACUCAACUUGGACUUGAAGAUUGAUUCUCUUCAAAUUUAAAAUAAAAUUAAAUAAAGAAAAUGUGUGUAAUAACUAUCCCAUGCAACAACAAAAAUAUGCAUGGGAUCUAUUUCUCUGUUGUGUUGUUUCAUAAUGUUACUGUGAGAUAUGAUUGGAUACUUGUGUAUUCCUAUUACAUUAUGUGUGCAUUGAAUUUAAAUUCAAAAAACAAAAGAAUUGUUUCGUA